AUGGGAAUACCGGGGAAUCCCAGAAUAUCCAUACUAAAAAUUGCCAGCUAUUCCCAUCCAAUACCAAAAUACGCGACACAGAGGACCAUCCACACAUCUGCGCACAAACUGAAUCCCAUCCUCGAACCCCGGCUAGAAGACCAUGGACGAGUCAUUCACGACGAGUACUCGUUGAUCCGAGACAAAUACGAUGUGCCAAAACACCCCAUCGUCCUGGCGCACGGCCUCCUCGGCUUCGAUGAGUUGCGCCUGGCCGGUCCCUACCUCCCUGGCGUCCAAUACUGGCGUGGGAUCCGGGAGGCCUUGACAGCUCGAGGCGUAGAGGUGAUCACUGCUACAGUACCUCCGUCCGCAUCGAUAGAGCAGCGUGCGGAGGAACUGGCGCGGGAUAUUGAGGCUGGGGCGAAGGGGAAGGAUGUGAAUAUUAUUGCGGUCUUCCACCAAUCUAACACAAUGUUUCCCCCCAGCGGCCUUGAUUCUCGAUACAUGAUUAGUCGUCUCAAAUCUCGGAACUUCAAAGUCUCAUCAUUAACCACCAUCGCAUCUCCACAUCGAGGAUCAUCCGUGGCAGACUACGUCUUCAAUCAAAUAGGAGCCGACCGCCUCCCACAAAUCUACUACACCCUAAACCGACUAAAAGUCGAAACCGGCGCCUUCGAACAACUAACGCAAAAAUACAUGUCCGAGACAUUCAACCCCAACACACCUGACGUGGACGAUGUACGAUACUUCUCUUACGGUGCCGCCGUCGAGCCGAGCAUCUGGUCCGUCUUCCGACUAUCGCAUAAAAUUCUUGCCGAGACGGAGGGACCCAAUGAUGGCCUUGUCAGUGUGGCUAGUAGUCGCUGGGGCGGGGAGAAUGGGUAUAAGGGGACGCUGGUGGGCGUUAGUCAUUUGGAUCUGAUUAAUUGGACAAAUCGAGCUAAGUGGUUGGCUGGGGAGGUUUUGGGGAAUCCGAGGAAGUUUAAUGCUAUUGCUUUUUAUUUGGAUAUUGCUGACAAGGAUAAGAUCAAGCCAUGCAUCACAAAGGUGGAGCAUUUGUCUUCAUACAACUGGAUCGAAUCAUCCAACCCGACCAUUGCAGUCCCCGGCUGCCCGCCGCUUUGGUCACCUCCCAAAGUUCCCCAGGAAGUGAUCCAAGACUCCGGGAUCAUUUACAUUGCUCAAAACGUGGGUCGCCUUCCUGAAACUCCUCUCGAACCACUCUUUCGCUCGCUGUACAUCGAAAAGCCUUCAUACAACAUACGGAAAGUUGACUUAAUAACCGAUCCAAAAGCCAUCAGCAAACUUCUAUCAUUUAGCAAUCCACAUCUGUCUCCGAAUGUAGUGUUGCCCUUCACGAUUGAAAUUGAAAUUCUAGGCAAUACAGCGAUUUUUUCUCUGGCAGAAGUCGAGCCUUGGAGAUUCGUCACGGCCCACGAAUCCACAAGCUAUCAUCACGAGUUUAAGCAAGCUUUUACUAAAACUCAGGUACCCGGUAGCAGUGGACAUCAUCGGGUUAUCUCAUAUAAUUUGGGCGGGUUGAAACUCGUAGUGAGCUACGAGACCGACGCCUACGUCGACGUUGAACAAGUCUCAAACCUCCAGGCUCAAAAUGAGGGUUCGGAAAAUGCGUCUCCGUCGCGACACAAACCUCCCGCAGGGUCCAAACUGACACUUGACUCUGGUGAGCAUGUGAACGUCCAAGAACUCCUUUUCCAACUAUGGGUAUCGCAAAUACCCAAUCUUGUCCGUGCCUACCAAAGGCAUGGCAUAUGCAAACCACCGGAAAUCCAAGACGUCGCUCUUGACAUCGCUGAGUGGGAAUGUGACCAUUAUGAUGAUCUUCAGAGAUUGAUUGCCCUAGUCAAGCUAAUCGUGAGAGUGGCAAGAGAACAUGGCGGGAAUAUCGUCCUAAAAUAUGACGGUUGGUCUGAAAUUCUCGCAGUCUGCAAAAGAGAAGGAAACAAGAUGUUACCAGAUGAUCUCUAUUUCAAAUUUGGCAAAGAAGUAGGAACAUCCAAAGCGAAAGAACCAAAUUCUCGCAAAACGACAUGCAAAAUCGGAGACACUUUCUACAACGUUGACAUUUCGAAGAUCCCAUAUUUCUGGGCCACUGUCGGAUUUGAACAUCUUUCACCGCUACAAAGUGCGGAUUUCAACCAUGAAGAUAUUGCUUUAUUCGAUGUUGCGCUCAGAGGCUUGGAAUCGGGGUAUCGGGAAUGUUUCUGCUCUUUGCGAGGUGAUAUUUCUCAGUAUCAAAUUCUCUGUCAAACAUAUGCAUUUCUUCGGGUUGACGUACUGGCCGGGCAGUCUAUCAAUGAUAUUCUUGCCGAUUUGAGAAUCUGCGAAUCUGAUUCCGAACUUGAAGAUGAGAACGCUAAAUUCAAAGCACGGGACGCGGCAUUCCGACUUUUAUUCUUGAUCAUACGCGGCGAAUUCCGUGACGAAAAGAAGGACUAUGUCAAGCUUUUCGAUGCCGUGCUUUUAGUUGUCUCGCACCCGGAAACCUUCAAACAGGGCACAAGGACUGUAGUGCGUUUGGCUUUUGAGGAGCGCUUUGCUGUGACUACCAUACAACGAAGCCAGUUGGAUCGUUGGCGAAAUGAGGAUGUUGCCAACUCUUCGGGCGACGAGAACAUGGCCGAGGAUGAAUCUGAUGAUGCAGGACUUUUUGAAUGA